CCUCCUUUACAGAAUUGUCAACGUCUCUUCUGGCUGCGGCACUCUAUCAACAUUUAGUUUCCUUAGCCAAAACCAAAAUCAAAGCGCCUCCUUCGGCACAGCCAACGCUGCUUCUCUAUACUUUCAAAAUUCGAUUCAAGCGAUAAUUUCGAGUAGAUGUGCUGAAGAAAGUAAAGAAAUUGGGAGGCUGGGCUAUUUUUGGAAAUUGCCAGUAAUUAACAGGGUUGGGAGCUAUUUAGAAUUGUUUAGAAGAGAAUUGUUUCCAGUGGUGACACAUUUUACUGGUUUUAGUGUUGUUGCUAUAGGUGAAACUGUUGCAAAGUUGAUGCAGAGAAUGAAUCAAACACAGGUUUUUAGGCGUGUUCAGACAUUUUGCCAAACACACAUUUGGCCAAUGAAGAGAAAAACCUACGUUUUGUCAACAAACUUGUUGGCAAAACGUGCAAUUUUAGCCUUAUUGGCCAAAUAUGUUUUGGCAGAAUGUUUAAUGCUAGUCGGCCCAAAAGCCGUGGACAUUGAAAGACCACCCCUUUGGCCGAGCAUUUCCACAAUUCUGAAAGCCUCGGGAUUGUCAGUGCAGACUGUGGAGGUGGAUGAGUCUAACGGGCAGAGUGUAGACAAUGCACAUAAUACAUUACGGUCUCCGGUUAAAAGUUUGUGUAUUUUUUGUGUUUUCCGGAAGGGAAAUUUAUUUCCAGUGAUCGCCGUCGACACUUCAUUCUCUCUACUUGACUCGAUUCUAGACGAUAUAGGCUUAAUUGACUUGGGUGGCUCUAAUGCUUAUAUGGUUCUUCUAAUUUGUGCGUACCCUUUGGAGGAUUGUAUAAAGGACCAAACACUUCGAAAUUCAAUAGCUUCGGGUGGUUUUGCUUUGAUUACACCUUAUUCGAGUGAAUGGGCACAGAUUAGACAAAAUGUAUAUCCGAAAAUGAUGACUGGUCAGCAGUCUACGGAAUCAUUUUUAGCUACCUUAGCUAUUUACAAUGCUUGUUAUGGUUUCUGCCUUGGCUCUUCCCUUACCGGCACCGGCUCAUUUGCUAGCGAUCCAAAUAAUCCAGCUUUUGUAGCCAAUUUGCGCUCUUUCGGCCAAGUAAAUUUAACUUCUUGGCCCGCCCCUUUACAAAAUUUAGCAAUUUACAUUUUGCCUUCCAGCGGAGGGCAAUAUUCCUUAAUUUACACGGCAAUUUCAAUCCCCUCCUCUUCCUGUGGAACUUUUGAGUGUUUUGAUAUUCAACUACAAACAUCUCCAAAUAUUUCUGAGGACCUUUUAUGGCAGAAACAACGCUCAAACACCAUUCCCUCAUGCAUUUAUUCUGGAGGGUGUUCAAGUUUGGCACCUUAUAUUUCUGCUGGGGCGGCUAUUGUUUUGGUUGCAGCUGCCGCUGGAAUUGUUUACACGAUACAGAGAAAGUGAGUUUUGGGGAUUUUUAAAAAAAUGUCAAAGUGUCGAAAAAAAAAUUUCGAAAUGUCAA